ACCGCAGGUCCUGCAGCCCCAGGAGGUGAGAUCUGCAGGUUUCUUAGGUGCAGGACUCUCUUCUUUUUAGAGCCAAUGGUCCUUUCCAUCAAGGACCCACCAAGGAUGGAGAAGGACAGAGACCACAUGGCUGCAAGGAUAUUAGACCUCACCCUGGAGAUCAUCUCCUUGAUAACUGGAGAGGAUUACACAGUAGUGAAGAAGUCGUCUGGUGAGUGUGUGACACCCCGUGUGUCAGGAGGAUGGAGCAGGACCCAGAGCCCCAUCACCGAGCCUCCACCUCAUUCCCUGAUACAUGAGCAGAAGAUCCUAGAACUUACCACCAGGAUCACUGAGCUGCUGAGCGGAGAGGUUCCUAUAAGGUGUCAGGAUGUCGCUGUCUAUUUCUCCAUGGAGGAGUGGGAGUAUUUAGAAGAACACAAGGAUCUGUACAAGGACAUCAUGAUGGAGAAUCACCAGUCCCUCACAUCACCGGAUGGAUCCAGUCAGAGAAAUCCACCAGAGAGAUGUCCCAGUCCUCUGUAUUCCCAGGACUGUCCGGAGGAGAAACCAAAUAUCCCACUGGAUCAUCAAGACAGUUCUGGAGGAACAAUGAUCAGCUUAGAAAAACCCGUAUCAAUGUCGGUGAAAGGUGAAGACGGGUUGAGCAGCUCCCAUGGAUACUUCAAUUUAUCUUCCUACCAUGAAGUAGAAGAUAACAAUACCACACAAGCUAAUACAAAAACUCCUAAUGUACCCUCAGUCUUUCAAAGCAAAGAUCUGUCCACUGACACCACUGGUCACAAGAAAUCUUCAUCUAAUCAAUCACUGAUUGGCAGAAAAAGAGCUAAACAGAAACGUGGAAAAAUAUUUCCCCGUGAGAAACAGUUAAAAAAGGAUAGUAAUCUGUCUUUGCAUGAGAGAAAUCACAGAAACAAAAGGUCAUUUUCAUGCUCUGAAUGUGGAAAAUCUUUUACCAGGAAAUUCAUUUUAGUUGUACAUCAGAGGACUCACACAGGAGAGAAGCCUUAUUCAUGUUCAGAAUGCGGAAAAUCUUUUACCAGAAAAUUCAUUCUAGUUGGACAUCAGAGGACUCACACAGGAGAGAAGCCGCAUUCAUGUUCGGAAUGUGGGAAAUGUUUUACUCGGAAAUCACAACUUGUGAGCCAUCUAAAAGUCCAUGUAGACGAUAAGUCAUUUUUAUGUUCAGAAUGUGGAAAAUGCUUUAAUCAGAAAUCAACUCUUCUUUAUCAUCAGAGAACUCAUGAAAGAAAGAAGCUAUUUUCAUGUUCAGAAUGUGGGAAAUGUUUUAGUCAGAACGCAGACCUUUAUAGACAUCAGCAAUCUCACACAGGGGAGGAGACAUUUCCAUGUCCUGAAUGUGGGAAGUCUUUUAGUCAGAAAUCAUGUCUUGAGGGUCAUCUAAAAAUCCACUUAGAGGAAAAGCCAUUUUCAUGUUCAGAAUGUGGAAAAUGUUUUAUUCUGAAAUCACAUCUUGUUAGACAUCAGAGAACUCACACAGGGGAGAAGCCAUUUAUGUGUCCUGAAUGUGGAAAGUGUGUUAGUCAGAAAUCGCAACUUGUUAUACAUCAGAGAAGUCACACCGGGGAGAAACCAUUUUCAUGUCUCGAAUGUGGGAAAUGUUUUAUUCUGAAAUCACAUCUUGUUAGACAUCAGAGAACUCACACAGGGGAGAAGCCAUUCAUGUGUCCUGAAUGUGGGAAGGGUUUCAGUGAGAAAUCGCAACUUGUUAUACAUCAGAGAAGUCACACAGGGGAGAAGCCAUUUUCAUGUCUCGAAUGUGAGAAAUGUUUUAUUCUGAAAUCACAUCUUGUUAUACAUCAGAGAACUCACACAGGGGAGAAGCCAUUCAUGUGUCCUGAAUGUGGGAAGUGUUUCAGUGCGAAAUCGCAACUUGUUACACAUCAGAGAAUUCACACAGGAGAGAAGCCAUUUUCAUGUCAUAAAUGUGUGAAAUCUUUUAGUCAGAAAUCAAGUCUUUCUAAGCAUGAGAGAACUCACUCGGAGGAGAAGCCAUUUUUAAUGUUUAGAUUCAAUAAAGUAGGGAGCUCUUCCAGAAACAAUGACAGAGGCGGUGAUUACAGUGAUAUUAAAGAAGGGUAAAGACCCCAAUGAUUUGGGGUCAUAUAGACCUAUCUCUCUCCUUAACACAGAUGUUAAACUACUGGCUAAAAUUUUGGCGCGGAGGUUAUUCAGCGUUAUGACAUCAAUUAAACACCCAGACCAAAAUGGGUUUAUGCCUAAUAAAGGGACCCAUUACAAUCUCCAUCGGCUUUUUGCCAAUCUGCAGACUUCCGGAGGGUCUUCUCGUUCCAUAUUGUCUAUUGACGCCUCCAAGGCCUUCGAUAGGGUUGAGUGGGGGUUCCUUUGGAGAGUGUUUCUUAAGAUGGGCUUCGGCCCCAGAUUUAGUAAUAUGA